CCCUGCUCUCAAACAGAGGGGGAGAGGACUAAUAAACAAGAGCUCCUAGACAGGAAACAUUCUUCGUUUUGCUAGGAUCUCCCUGACACGUGGUUUUAAAAUAUAAGGAGACUGCAUUUAUUCCCAGAGGAGAGUGAAUUCAAGGAAAACUGAUCACUUCUGACAAAGAACAAAAGAAAUGACCACAUGGAGGCUGAGUGGCAGCAGUGGGCAGAGAGCUGCAGUGAUGAAGACAGCGACUCAGAGGACUUCGUGUCUGGAAUCCAGCAGGAGAGGUGUGCCACUGACCUUUAUCACCAUCGCCAACUAGAUACAGACAUGGCAGCCGUCCGGACUUUGUACUCAGAUGCUGCUGUCUCUGUCAGGGAGUACCCAUCAAUUGAUGCCGUGGAUGUUGAGCUGAACAUUACCACCAACAUUGUGGAUGUGGAAGUGGCUAAAGCCUGGAGGAUUAAUCCAACAGAGCCAAUCAUCAUCCGGCUCCACUUCUCCCCGUCUCUGUAUCUGGACGGACCUGUGCCCUCUGUGGAAGUUUUUCAACCAUCUAACACUGAUGAUUUCAGUAUAGGAAGACAAUUGCAAAAUAUUCUUACAGUCUUCAUAUCUCAGGAGUGGAAACACCUGACAAACAACAGCCCUGUUGUCCAGAGAAAGAGCGGACACAGAUGGUUCAGGCCCAGUGGGACAAUCAAGAAGUUCAGUGCUCGGUUCAGUGUGUGGUUACCACCUUCAAAGACCAAUGAGAUCCAUCAACCAGCUGAUAAAGACAGGAAUAGAAUGAAACAAAAUCAUUUCACUGGUCAAACCACCUCUUACAACAUCAGGAACCCAACAGGAGAACUGUUUACCUACACAGCUGGAGGAAAGAGAGUGAUGGUCUCAGCAGUCAAAUCUUCAGCCCAUCUGAGCACCAAACAGCUGAUGGAGCUGCUAUUCACCUCCCAAACCAUCCGACACUGUAAAAGCACACCGACCCUGCAGCACGGCUUCUUAGCACAGAUAAUAAGGUAUGCUGAGCAGAGAAUCCCGACACUGAAUGAAUACUGUGUUGUAUGUGACGAGAGACAUGUCUUCCAAAAUGGGCCAAUGCUUAAGACGGCUGUUUGCACCAGGGAGCUGUGCGUAUUUUCCUUUCAUACACUGGGGGUUAUGUCUGGAGCUACAGAAGAGGUCGCAACUGGUGCAGAGGUGAUUGACCUGCUGGUGGCCAUGUGCAGAGCCGCCCUUCGGUCAUCACGCAAAAGCAUCAUAUUUGAACCGUACCCUUCUGUUGUGGAUCCGUGCAACCCAAAAACUCUGGCCUUCAGUCCUAAGAGAAAGAGCUAUGACAGGCUGCAGAAAGCUCUGGAUGGUGUGUUGUUAAUCAGGAGGAUGGCUCAGGGUCCAUAUUCUGAGAUAAAGAAGCAGAUGGACAAGAUAGACCCCCUCGCUCAUCCUUUACUACAGUGGAUUUUAGCAAGCAACAGAUCACAUAUUGUCAAGCUUCCACUCAACAAGCAACUGAGGUUUAUGCGCACAACCCAUCAGUUCCUGUUGGUCAGUGCGCCUCCGUCCAAAGAGAUUCGCUUUCAAACAGCCAGGAAGCUUUACGGCAGCACUUUUGCUUUCCACGGUUCUCACAUUGAAAACUGGCACUCCAUUUUGAGAAAAGGCUUAGUCAGUGCAUCAAACACAAAAUUACAGCUACAUGGAGCUGCUUAUGGGAAAGGGAUCUAUUUGAGUCCCAUUUCAAGCAUAUCUUUUGGAUAUUCUGAUAUGGGUAAAGGUCAACACCAAAUACCAACCAGAGAAGAACUCAUAUCGAAAUACAACCAAAUACAUAAAAUGAAACAGGAAGAACCGGGGCAACCAAGGUUUCUGCAAAGCCAUAAUCUAAACUGCGUUGCACUCUGUGAAGUUAUAACCUCGAAGGCCCUUCAGAAGCGUGGGAACGUUUGGGUUUGUCCGGUGCCCGACCACGUGUGCACGCGCUUCCUCUUUGUGUAUGAAAACGGUCAGGUGGGGGAUGUUCACAUCAAUACGCAAGAUGCACAAAUCCACAGGGCAAUUUUACACGCAACUGAUUUAAAGCCAUGCUGAGAAAACCAGAGCUCCUGCUGGUGCUACGCACAUUUACUGGAAGCCAUCAUGACUUUAAUAUUUAAGGUGUAAACAGCAACUGUUGUAUAUUGUGAAAUAUAUUUUUUACUGUAUUUUAUUACUAUGCUUGACAGAUCCUAUUUUUUGCUGUGUUUAUUAAAGAU